AUGGAGAAUCAUACAGAUAAAGAUUAUUAUAACAACUGGCCAAAUGACAAAGGUUUCAAUCCUAAAUACGAACAGCGCGAACCCGUCGAAUUGUCCGUGACAGGACAUAUUCCUGCCUACGCUGCUGGAACUCUGUACCGUACAGGACCAGGGAAAAAUCAAGUUGAAGCUGAGAAUGGAGAAACGCUACGACUUUCCCACUGGUUCGAUGGAUUCGGUCAAACCCAUCGUUUCCAAAUCAUUGCUCUAGACGACUCUACUUCGCCUCGGGUUUUCUACAACUCUCGCUUCUCAACCGACGACCUGAUUGAAGAAGCGAGAAAGACAGGAUCCCUAGACACGUUUAGUUUCGGACAGAAACGUGAUCCUUGCAAGAGCGUCUUGGGCAAAGUCCAGAGUGAAUUUGUUCCGCAACCUACUCCAUCGAGUAAGAACAUAUCCGUCACCCUUUCAAUCAAUGUCCCGGGCCUCGAUCCCAAGCCCGAUGAGUCAACUUCUCGCUGGGGCGAUUCUCGGGGAAUCAGAACUCUCUAUGCAAAGACCGACUACAAUGCCUUCAAGAAGCUCGACCCAGAAACCCUGGAGCCCAUCGGCCUCGCCUCACAGACUACCCUGCAUCCCGAACUUACGGGGCAACUCUCUGCAUCUCAUGCACGAUCUGAUCCUAUCACGGGAGACAUGUUCAACUUCAAUCUCACCCUAGGACCUACCUGCACAUACCGUGUUUUCGGGGUCUCAGCUUCGACAGGAAAAACCACAAUCCUAGCAACCUUCCCCGCAACACCAGCUUAUCUCCACUCCCUUCUCAUCACCGAGGACCAUGUUAUAUUGUGCGUGUGGAACGCGCACAUAGACCCACGGCUAAUGAACUCCUCAUUUAUCGAAUCAAUCCUACCAACAGACCCAAGCCAGCCGGCAGUGUGGUAUGUCAUCGACCGCAAACACGGACAGGGCUUGCUCGCGACAUACGAAAGCCCUGCAUUCUUUUGCUUCCAUACCGUCAACGCAUGGCUCGAACCCUCAGAGAAUCCAGCAGAGAUGGAUAUCGUAGCAGAUAUCGUGCGAACCGACAGUUCUAAGUUCCUCCAGUCUGUCUACUACGACAACCUGAUCUCUUCAUCGGACACAGCCAAGACCUUCCAAAAGAAUAGAGACGAUUCAUUCCGCACAUCUUUUACCCGGUUCCGCCUGUCCGCGGUGCCUUCCGCCCCAUGCACAGAUCGCAAGAAAGCAACAGUCGAAUGGUCCGUUUGCAAAUCGUUGUCCCCUGAGCUACCGACUAUGAAUCCGAAAAUGGGUACUCGGAAACAUCGAUAUGUUUACGCUACGACCUUCCGUGGAGAGGCGACUCUGACAGAUGGAAUUAUGAAGCUUGAUUGUGAUACACAGCAAGUUCAGCUGUGGGCGUGUCAUGGCCAAUCGCCCGGUGAGCCUAUUUUCGUUGCUAACCCUGAUGGCACGGGUGAAGAUGAUGGUGUACUUCUCAGUGUGGUUCUCGAUGGGAUGCGUGAGAAGAGUUAUCUACUUUGUCUUGAUGCUCGUAACUUGUCGGAGAUUGGUCGAGCGAAUGUUGAUGGGGCUGUUGGGUUUGGAUUCCAUGGUCAGCAUGUUCCGACUAUGGGUGGAAUGCCUACGGGGGACUACUAG